AUUAUUAUUACAACACGAGAUUUUAUAAAUGCAAAAUUGCUGCUAAUCGUAAUCUAAUUUCAUAAUGAAAACCUAUCUAAAGUUAAUGUGAAUUAGGGAGUUAUGGUGGUUGUGACGGGCGAAGGCUUAACUGAUUUAAUUGACUUGAGGACCAAGCACGAACAGAACGUAGGAGCGAGUAAAUUUGAAGACUAUUUGUCCAAGAAUUGUCGCUUUGUUUAUAUGCAUCUGCAACCUGCUGACCCGUUAGUCUGAACACAGAAAUGAUUGAAAGAUUCACUGUUUCAACUGUGCACUAAUCAUGCUGACAUUCGGUGAAACUAUUUGAAAAUCAAAAUGUUUAAUUAGCUCAGGAAGAAAGCUGCUAGGGUUUAUGAAAUGGGGACAACUUCGAGGUUUUGUUUAAAGCCAUAUCUUAUCCGAUGUCCAAUAUUAUUACAAACCAAACUUCUAAUAAAGACGGACGUGUGAGCCGUUACAAUAAUGAGGAUUCACAAAAUUAUCGGGUUGGUCGUCAUCGUCCUCUUGUUUAUUCCCCUAUUGACGCAUUACUACUUGACAAAGGUUGGAGUAGAGGAACCCAAGUCGGAACAGGACAACUCUCCAUGGAUCUCACAACUUGCAGAUAUUGAUAAACUCACUGGAGCCGAUCUAAAGUAUCGCAUAGAAGAACUAGUGCGGAUAAAAUACAGCGUAUCAGGAGAACUUCGGGAGCUAGAAGCGAAAAGACAGCGCGUCCAAACAGAUAUAGCCACGUUGAAUCGUCGGUUGGAAGAUGCAAAGAAUGAGGCUGGACGAAGGCGGAAUGAAUUGGAUCGUUUACAAAUCUCGUUGCAACAAGCCAGGGUUGCUGAAAAGGAAGCGAUGGAAAGAAACACGCCACGAAUGGGAAGACCUAAACCCUUGCCCCCCUUGCGAUCCAUUCCUGUUCACCCUCCAUUAAAUGACAAGUCCAACAAUCGCUACUGUAAUAUGGACUCUUGUUUCGAUUAUUCAUUCUGCCCCCUUUCUUCAAAAUUCAGAUUUUAUUUGUACCCCUACAUGUUCUCCAACUUAUCAUUCAUUACUAUACCCGAUUCAAAGUCCAACGGUCCAACAAAUUAUCCAUAUUCUGGACCAACUGUGGAAAUCUUGCACCAAAUGUUAGCUAGAAGUCCAUACACGACACGCGAUCCAAACAAAGCGUGUAUAUUCAUCAUACUUGUUGACAUAUGUGACCCCCAAAGGCUGUCGCAGUUACGUCAACAGUUACCAAACUGGUACGGUGAUGGAAGGAAUCACGUAAUUCUGCUCGAUUGUGGAAUCAACUUUCGACAUUUGUAUACACCUGAUUUUUUCGAGUUUUUUGGAAGAUCUUUAAUUGCAAGUGAAAAUGGAAUUGUUACGAGUUACCGUGAUGAGUUUGAUUUAGUUGUACCGAAUUGGGAAAAGGCAAUUCCAAGUGGGGAGAUUUGGUCCCAGUUACCUCCUGUUGUCCCUGCGAAACGAAAAUAUCUGGCAACCUACUUGGGUGGAGAAGCGGACCAAUUUAUUCAAAUUGAAUUACUAAAAAUUCAACAAGAAGAUCCAUUAUCAUUUGUAUUUCAAUUUUCAUGCAACACUGUGCCAUACAGAAAUGCCAAAAGUGACGAGAAUGAAGUUAUCUCUGCUAAUGGGGACGACCAUAAGUCUGCAAGAAAUCUCGAAAGCUAUACUCAAAAGAAGCUAUCUAGUCUCUGCGACAAUGAUCUUUUACGCACACGACUUCUUCUCGACUCUACAUUUUCUCUGAUAAUUUUGCCGUCUGAAGACAUUGAAAUUCUUAGUUCAAAUAUUCUUCAGCUGCGUUUGUAUGAAAGUUUAAAAUACGGAUCAAUUCCAGUAGCAAUAGGCACGAGGUUCAUUCCACCGUUCAGUGAAGUUAUUGAUUGGACAAAACUAAUAUUAACAAUUCCUGGCUCAAGAGUCACUGAAAUGCAUUACAUUCUCAAGUCAUUUGGAGAUGCAGAUUUAAUUGAAAUGAGAAAACGGGGUCGAUUGGCAUUUCAAAAAUAUUUUAGUACCAUUGAAAAUAUUGCGGAUACUUUCAUCGCAGUAUUAAGAACACGCAUUGGUAUACCUGCAACCCCUUACAAAGACGUUUCGUCACCAAGUGUGUUCAACGACAGCUUUGUGCCACAGAAGCUCGACUCCUUCACUGUGGACCCCGAAGAAGAAGAAAAUCUUGGACCCAUUGAGCCCAGCUACCCGUCCCCAGCUUUCACGAGGAAUUACAGUUCAAUAUUUCUUCACAAGUACGAACUUUGGAACACAUAUUUUCAGCCCACAAAAUUAUAUCCGUAUACUCCAUGGGACCCUAUAAUGCCAUCCGAAGCAAAAUUUCGUGGUUCAGCUCUUGGAUUUCGCCCUAUUUCAUCAGGAGCCGGAGGAUCUGGAAAAGAGUUCAGUGAAUCCUUAGGAGGGAAUUUGCCAAAGGAACAGUUCACCGUCGUAAUGCUUACAUUUGAAAGGGAACAAGUGCUGAUGAAUUCACUUCAAAGACUUUUUGCACUUCCCUACUUGAAUAAAGUUAUAGUCGUUUGGAACUCUCCGCAACCUCCAACACCAGAUCUUAAAUGGCCAGAUAUCGGAGUUCCCGUUCAUGUUGUAAAAGCAGAAAAAAAUAGUUUGAACAAUCGUUUUUUGCCGUUCGAUAUAAUAGAAACUGAAGCAGUAUUGAGUAUCGAUGAUGAUGCACACUUACGGCACGAUGAAAUUGUAUUUGGGUUCCGUGUGUGGCGAGAAAAUCGUGAUCGUGUUGUUGGAUUUCCUGGAAGAUUUCAUGCAUUAGAUCAGAAUUUUGGAAACUGGCUUUAUAAUUCUAAUUAUUCGUGUGAAUUGUCAAUGGUAUUAACUGGGGCUGCGUUCUACCACAAAAUAUACUCGUAUUUGUAUUCGUAUGAAAUGCCGGCAGCUAUCCGCGAAAAAGUGGACGAAUUGAUGAACUGUGAAGAUAUAGCAAUGAAUUUUUUGGUGUCUCAUGUGACUGGAAAACCUCCUGUAAAGGUUACAUCUCGUUGGACUUUUCGAUGUCCAGGUUGUCCCGUGACAUUAUCGGAGGACGAUUCUCAUUUUCAAGAAAGACAUCAUUGCAUCAACUUCUUUACCAAAGUUUACGGAUACACACCGCUCCUCUAUACACAAUUUAGAGCAGACUCAAUUCUCUUCAAGACAAGAAUACCUCAUGAUAAGCAAAAAUGUUUCAAAUACAUAUAAUAAGCCCCUACUACAUAGCUGACACUACAUAGAAGCCAAUUUUCCUUCCUGAUAUUGUGAUAAUUCUUAUUAUUACGCGUCUAUAUAUGCCGCUGUUUUUAGAUUGAAUACCCACAUGCAAUGUAAGCGCCUGUUGUGUAAUGUUUUUAAACUAUAUGACUACCUUAAUCCUGCUUUGUAUGUAAUUAUCGCAAUUGUUUACAUUUUAUACUAAAACUGACAGUAAAUAAUUCACAUGACCAUAGAACAAA